CAAUCACCUCUCCACAUAUCUACUCCUCCUCAGCACCCGCUCCCAUCAAGUUCUUCCUCAGCGUAGCAAGGCAGUAGAUCCGAAAGGGUGCCGCCGCGAUGUCGGACGUGACGGCGGUGAUGGAUCUGGCGCUUCCACCGGGGUUCCGGUUCCACCCCACCGACGAGGAGGUGGUCACCCACUACCUCACCCGCAAGGUCCUCCGCGAAUCCUUCUCCUGCCAGGUGAUCACCGACGUCGACCUCAACAAGAACGAGCCGUGGGAGCUCCCGGGGAAGGCGAAGAUGGGGGAGAAGGAGUGGUUCUUCUUCGUGCACAAGGGUCGGAAGUACCCGACGGGAACGCGCACCAACCGGGCUACGAAGAAGGGGUACUGGAAGGCGACGGGGAAGGACAAGGAGAUCUUCCGCGGCAAGGGCCGGGACGCCGUCCUCGUCGGCAUGAAGAAGACGCUCGUCUUCUACACCGGCCGCGCCCCCAGCGGUGGGAAGACGCCGUGGGUGAUGCACGAGUACCGCCUCGAGGGCCAGCUGCCCCAUCGUCUUCCCCACACCGCCAAGGACGAUUGGGCUGUUUGCCGGGUGUUCAACAAAGACUUGGCGGCGAAGAAUGCGCCGCCCCAGAUGGCGCCGGCGGCUGACGGGGCCAUGGAGGACCCGCUCGCCUUCCUCGAUGACUUGCUCAUCGACACCGACCUGUUCGACGACGCGGACCUGCCGAUGCUCAUGGACUCUCCGUCUGGGGCUGACGACUUCGCCGGCGCUUCGAGCUCCACCUCCAGCGCGGCCCUGCCGCUCGAGCCGGACGGGGAGCAUCUGACCAUCAAGACGGAGCUACCGGUGCUACAUCCGCAGCAGCAGCAGAGCCCGAACUACUUCUUCAUACCGGCGACGGCCAACGGCAAUCUUGGCGGCGCCGGGUACUCACCCUACCAGGCUAUGGGCGACCAGCAGGCUGCGAUCCGCAGGUACAGCAAGCCGAAGGCGGAGGUAGCGUCUUCGUCGGCGCUGCUGAGCCCUUCGCUGGGCUUGGACACGAGGGCGCUCGCCGGCGCGGACACCUCGUUCCUGAUGCCGUCGUCGCGGUCGUACCUCGAUCUGGAGGAGCUGUUCCGGGGCGAGGCUCUCAUGGACUACUCCGACAUGUGGAAGAUCUGAUUGAAUCCAUCCAUCUAUUCGCUGGAUUGGAGAGUCUCAGUUUGCUGGUAGCUAUAUAGAUGGUUAUUUGGUUGAUGCUAGCUCUUCGAUUGAUUAGUUGCUUCAUUAACUUUCAAUUAAGGAUUGGGUUCAUUAGGCGGUGGUGAUUCGAGGAGGAUCGUCGUGUGUUUGUUGAUGCGUGCAAGGCAUAAUGAUGGCCUGUGAGGAGGGAUUAAUCUUAGGGUGUGAUAUCAAACUACUAGGAAGCAUAUGUAGUUUGUACAUAGUUUACCUGAUUGCCAUCCUACAGUUUAGCUAUUAGGGGGAUGAACCUGAUCGAGUUGGUUGAUAAAUCUGAUUGUGUGUUGAUGGA